UCGAACGUAACCGUUCGUCGUCGACGCGUGCACGCUACGCAUCGCUACGACACGAGUACCCGACAACUGUUGCCAAACGUAAUCUGUACAGAUGAUGACGCGCCCGCCGGCGGUGCUCGUGCUGCUGCUGGCGUGCGUAUCGUGGCCGUCGUUGCCGCGGUGCGCCGCGAGAUUGUACACGGAAGCCGAGCACCUCGAACCGUCGUUUGCCAAUCGGCUGGCGCUGUUCGAGCAUGUAUUGCUCAACGACGCCCAGUGGUCGCCGGUGCUCAAGCAGAAGGUCAAGCUGUUGGAGAUCGAUCUGCCGCGGUUCCCCGAGACGGUUUCCAACAGCGCGGUCGUGGACCGCAUCCGGCCGGUGGCCAAGGACGCCGAGGAGACGACGCCCUUGCUGGUGUUACAAAAUGUGUUGGAAAAGAGCCCGUGGUCGGGAACGAAUGUCAACUACGCCGCGUCCGUGUUGAGCGCCGGGUUCACGUGUUUCACGUACAACAACGUGUCGUUCUUGAUUACGCAGAUCAACGAAAUCAACGAGGUCGCACACUCCGAGGAAAAACUGAAGUCGAAGCACGAAGAAAUCAACAGAAUGCUGGACGACGUGCGCAUGACGUUCGUGGUGUUCAUGGACAUGGUGGCCGCAGUGGACGGCGAUCUGGACGAGUUUGUCAAAGGGCUGUACGACUACGACAGUGCGGACGAAGACGGCAGUGACAUCACGCAGUUAAACGUGCUCAAGUUUUUGAAGGAGGAUGUGGACAAGGAUUUCGCCAAGAGAUGUAACGUGGUCGCCAGUUCGGACGGGGAUUACUUGAGCAAGUGCAACAUCCAGAACACCCCGUCCGACGAGGCCGCGUCCAUGCUUGAACAAAAAAUGGCACGGUUCGAUAAGAUCGUCAACUGUAUGAUAGACGUUUACGACGGGCUAGACGUCGAAGCGAUGCCCAUGGACACUUGGAUACGAAUUCUCGAGUACAACAUACCGAUCAGUAAACAAAUAAAAUUUUUCAUAGACGACACGCCGAUGGUGAGGAGCUCUGAAGGAACUAGGACGAAACGAUUUAUAAAAGCAUUGCAAUUAGCAAGUAAAGAAGAAACUCCGGAAGAAAAAAAGGAAAAGAAAGAAAAAAAGAAAAAAAAGAAAAAAAAGAAAUCCAAAAAGCAAAAAAAAAACUAAGCAAAAACGUAAGUUGAAAAAAAAAUAAAAGACUAGAAAUUGCAGCUCGGUAAAUUGUCGACAGAUACUGCAUUCAGACACAGAUAAAAAAAAAAUAAUAUAUUUUUAGUAUGAAGACACAUUGCGUUUAUUCUUUACGAUUAUUUUGUUAAAACUUUGUAAAGUUAAUUUAUAUAAUAUAUUCUAUACUCUAUACCGUAUGUUUUAUAUGUUAUCUAUAUUAUAGUCUACAGUCUACACUAUGUAUAGUAUAAACAAUAAACAUUGAAUUCCAAUGGAUAUAAUGGAAAUUAUGUUAUAUAAAUAUAAAAGUGUCUUCAGUGUCCCGCAUUUUAUUAUUUUAUUUAUUCUUAAAUUAUAAUAUUAUUUUUAUUAGUAUAGUAUGAUAUAGAAAUAUAGAAUAUUAUCACUCUAAUACUAAAUAAUGGUUAAUUUCUAUGAAAUGGCAUUCAUAGAAAUAUUUUAUUUUUUGUGAAAUG